GUUGGACGACUUGGGUCGACCUCUCAUCUUCAAAACGAACGCUGCCAACUUCAUAUUGUCUUGGUCUAUGCAUUUAGUUUUAAUGGCAACCGUAUCGAACGACCACUGUUAACUGUUGGGUAACGCACAUAAUUUUAACAAAAAUAAACUUGUGCCGACAUGAAGGCAACGGUGUUACUGUUGUUCGCCUUGGGCGUGCGGUUUGCCGAAUCGGUGACCGACAAGCAACUGAUGAUCGCAUGCGACGACAUGACUCCACGACACCCGGGUUACCCGUCCGAAGAGAGCAAAGGCGUGGCCAACCCUUACGUGAUCAACGUACAGCCGGUGCCGGUCGUGCCGGGCGCUCUUGUCAACGUCACGCUGACCUCCCAAAACGGCACCACCACGUUCAGGGGGUUCAUGAUCCAAGGCAGGGACGAGGACAACAAGAUACUGGGCACGUUUCUACCCCAAUGCGCGUCCGAAAACCGAACGCACCACAUGAUCUCGUGCGUGAGCGGCAACGAACCCUACAACGCGGUUGUUCAGUCCAAUAACAAAAAUAAAACAAGUGAAAGCUUCUCGUGGGUAGCACCAAAGGAACUCAAAGGCACUUUUAAAUUCAAAUUCACCAUUGUCCAAGACUAUAAACACUAUUGGAUUGGCGAAGAAACCGCAGAAGUCCAAGUAGCCGAACAUGGAGAAAACUCCAUUGAAGUCAACAGCAACUACGAUUACACUAUUUAUCGAAUGUAUAGAAUCAACUGUCCCUAUGACUAAUUCGAUUUAUAUAAUAUAUUAUAUAAUGAAAUAAUUAGUUCAUAAAAUUUAAAUAAAUAGUUAAUUGAAUACAAAACAAAAUAA